CCAUCCAGACAACCGUCAUUCAGAGCAGUCAGUCUUUCGAGCGCAGUCGUCAUCGCGAGUAAGCUGUGCGAACGUUAGUGGAGUACCAGGUCCAAAUAUUGUAGACAGCGUAAAUUUAUCAAUCCAAAACAACCAUGAGGGAAAUCGUACAUCUCCAAGCCGGCCAAUGCGGUAAUCAAAUAGGAUCAAAGUUCUGGGAGAUUAUCUCAGAUGAACACGGUAUUGACCCGAGUGGAAAUUAUAUUGGAACCAACGAACUCCAACUAGAGCGUAUAAAUGUCUACUACAAUGAAGCAAGCAGUAGUAAAUUUGUACCAAGAGCGGUACUGGUUGACUUGGAACCAGGAACGAUGGAUUCCAUCAGGAGCGGACCUAUUGGUCAAAUUUUCAGACCUGACAACUUUGUUUUUGGACAAAGCGGAGCUGGAAACAACUGGGCCAAGGGUCAUUACACAGAAGGUGCAGAAUUAGUGGACGCCGUUUUAGAUGUAGUUAGGAAAGAGUCGGAGGGUUGCGACUGUCUCCAGGGAUUCCAGCUCACCCAUUCUUUGGGAGGUGGAACUGGAUCUGGUAUGGGAACUCUACUUAUUUCCAAAAUCAGAGAAGAGUACCCAGACCGAAUCAUGAACUCGUUCAGUGUCGUACCAUCUCCAAAGGUUUCGGACACAGUAGUAGAACCCUAUAAUGCUACGCUAUCGGUUCACCAAUUGGUAGAAAACACAGAUGAAACCUUCUGCAUUGACAACGAAGCAUUGUAUGAUAUUUGUUUCCGUACUCUUAAACUCACAUCCCCUACCUAUGGAGAUCUGAACCACCUUGUCUCUGUCACCAUGUCUGGUGUCACGACCUGUUUGAGGUUCCCAGGUCAGCUCAACGCCGAUUUACGCAAACUUGCUGUCAACAUGGUACCUUUCCCUCGUCUUCACUUCUUCAUGCCUGGAUUUGCACCACUCACUGCUCGUGGUAGCCAACAAUAUCGUGCUCUGUCGGUCCCAGAACUCACACAACAGAUGUUUGACGCUAAAAAUAUGAUGGCCGCAUGCGAUCCCCGUCAUGGACGCUAUCUAACCGUGGCUGCAAUCUUCAGAGGUCAAAUGUCUAUGAAAGAAGUGGACGAGCAGAUGCUCAACAUCCAGAACAAGAAUUCGAGCUACUUUGUAGAAUGGAUUCCAAAUAACGUUAAGGUAGCUGUAUGCGACAUUGCUCCGAAGGGGCUCAAAAUGGCUUCCACGUUCAUCGGCAACUCCACAGCCAUCCAAGAAAUUUUCAAACGUAUCAGUGAACAGUUCACUGCUAUGUUCAGACGUAAGGCCUUCCUUCAUUGGUAUACCGGUGAAGGUAUGGAUGAGAUGGAAUUCACAGAGGCUGAAAGUAACAUGAACGAUCUUGUCUCGGAGUACCAACAAUACCAGGAAGCGACUGCGGAUGACGAAGAGGCAUUCGAAGAUGAAGAAAUUCUUGACGAGGAAGCUGCCUAAUAGGAGUUUCCAAAAGCCUAAUUACACUAUCCCACAUUAUUCUUUCUUACCUAGGAUUAUCUCGUUUUGUUACAAAUUCAAGGAUCAAAUUUUAUCAACAACUACAACAAGUUAUUGUAUAUAAUUUAUUAUAAGACUAACAUCACUGAAUAAAACUCCAGUAUUGAUUUA